GAUGAUGAUAAUGAUGGUGACUAUGAUGAUGAUAGUGAUCGUGAUUAUAUCAAUAAAACUAAAUUAUAUCUAUUUUAUUGCUGUGUUGCAUAUUCUGAUUGAAAAGCACUGAAGUGUGGUUCAGGCAUACCGCUGUGUGGGAGAGCGAGUGAGAGGGGUGUGCUCUGCCGAAGUACUCACUGCAAGGACUAAGCGGCGCAACUGACUCUCGUCGGACCAGCGAAAGAAUUGUGGAUUGCUUGAUUUUUGUUAACUUUUUCUAGUGCUUGUUAAGGUUUGUCCGAAAGCAGUAAGGCCUGGAGUAUAUAUUGAACUACUUAUUCUGUUGUGUCAUCAAUUGACUGAUAGAAAAUGUCAAUCUAUUUGAAAUUUCUGACGGUAUGGUUCGUAACCGGUCCUGUUGUAAUUUCCACAAAUGGUGAAAUCUUUACGUCAAUGAUGAACGUAAGGCAAGCUAUUGAUACUGAAAGGAAACUUAUUCAUCAUCUAAAAUUGUACAUAGAACAAGAAACUGAGAGAUUGAGUGAUAUUCAAAGAUUUUAUGCGAAGGUUUCUCAACUGCACAGCGCGGUCUACAGAAGACUGCCGGGAGCGGCUGCUGCCAACCCUUUGGUGGCGUUCACGCUGAUCAAGCGACUGAACUCGGAGUGGCCCAAUGUGGUCUACAGCAACGAAGCCCAGGAAAACACCCAAGCCCUUAGGUCUGGCUAUGGGAGUGUGGAGGGGAGCUUGCCUAAGCAGGAGGAUGUCCAGGGGGCUGCCCAAGGCCUGAUGAGGCUCCAGGAUGUGUACGAGCUGCGCGUGGAGGGGUUGGUCCGAGGACACUUCCAGAGGCUGACCAAUCAGGGCAACACUGUCGACAUCUACCGCCCCCCUGUGUCCAUCCCUCUCUCUGGAGAUGACUGCUUCCUGGUGGGGAAAGUGGCCUACGACGUGGAGGACUACUACCACUCUGUGCCGUGGCUGGAGGAGUCAGUCCGGCUGUUCAGAGGGUCAGAGACGGUGUGGAGGCCUGAGAACGAGGGCAGUUUGGAGGAUGCCCUGGACCAUCUCGCCUUCUCCCAUUUCAAGACAGGAAACAUUUCUUAUGCACUGAGUCUCUCGCAGGAGUUGCUACGUCACGAUCCCUUAAAUGGACGAGUGCAGCUCAACGUGGAGAAGUAUGAGAGGCUUCUCGUUGAGAAUCCAGGCGUGACCAACGCUGCCAGUGCUUUAAAGAGACCCUCCACUACAUAUCUGAGGACCAGGAACACUUAUGAGAGGCUCUGCAAGACGCAAGGAUCUCAGCCAAAGCACUAUGAGGACCCAGGGCUGUUCUGCGAUUACUUCACCAAUGGCAGCCCGGCGUUGCUCCUGCGACCUGUGAGGCGAGAGGUCGUGAGCUUACGGCCCUAUGUAGUGCUGUACCACAACUUCAUCACAGAUGGCGAAGCAGAGAGUCUCAAGAAGGUGGCUCAGCCAGCGCUGAGGCGGUCGGUUGUGGCGUCCGGUGAGAAUCAAGCCACCGCUAACUAUCGAAUCAGUAAAAGUGCGUGGCUAAAGGAGACAGCCCACCCCAUAGUUCAAAGCCUGGACGAGCGCAUUCAUACACUCACCGGCCUGAACGUGCAUCAUCCGUAUGGGGAGUACCUCCAAGUGGUCAACUAUGGCAUAGGAGGCCACUAUGAACCCCAUUUUGAUCAUGCUACGUCACAGUCCAGUCCACUUUACAGGCUCAACACCGGGAACCGAGUAGCUACCUUCAUGAUAUACCUCAGCGCGGUGGAGGCAGGUGGAUCGACGGCCUUCAUCUACGCCAACUUCAGCGUUCCGGUUGUGCAGAAUGCUGCCCUCUUCUGGUGGAACCUUCACCGUAACGGACAAGGGAACAGAGACACACUGCAUGCUGGUUGUCCUGUCCUAGUUGGGGACAAGUGGGUGGCUAACAAGUGGAUCCAUGAGCAUGGACAGGAGUUUCAGCGACGCUGCAGCCCCAACCCUGACGAGUGAAAGAGAAGAAACCUCAGACAGGAAGAGAGAGAGAGAGAGAGAGAGAGAGAGAAGGAGAGAGAGAGAGAGAGAGAGAGAGAGAGAGAGAGAGACAGCAAAAGAGAGCAAAAGAGCAAGCUUAUCGUGUCUGGGACCGCUUGGAGUACAAGAGCCAGCCUCCACAAUGGAGCAGUGCAUCAGGAGUGGAGAGAGGGAGCGAGAGAAAAAAGAGGGAGAAGGCUGGAGGAGACGGAAGCAAAGGGAGGAGGAGGAGGUGGUGGAGGAAAAAGGGGGGAGGGCAGGAGGAGAGUUGGCUAUCUGCCCUCUGUGGUGUUUGGAGAAUUCACUCACCCUCGGGGAAGAGAGAGAGGCGCGUGCACUGACACAGCCAAAAGAUGACGGAGGGGGAUAGAAUGGCGGUGCAUGUGUGUGUGUGUGUGUGUGUGCGUGUGUGUGUGUGUGUGUGUGUGU